AUGAUAUGUGUCAAUAGAAAUGGGCUUAUCGACACGUUAAUAAAACUCGCUAAAUGGAGUCCGUUUGGGAUAUGUAACACCUCCUCAGGCGACCUGUUGGUCUGUCUUAGAACGGAUAUUGGUCAUCAAGGAAAAGUUGUCCGCCUUUCUGGGUCAAAUGUCACGCAAGAAAUACAGUACGACACUGAAGGCAAACCACUUUUAAGUAAGAAGGCUUCCGGUCUCUUUGUUGCGGAAAACAAAAAUUCUGAUGUCUGUGUUUCUGAUCCCGGAGGUGAGGCAGUCAUUGUUGUCAACAAAUCUGGAAAUCUCAGAUUUCGAUUCCGUGGUCAGGAGAUGUUUGAAUGCUUUACCCCUUAUGGAAUCGUCACAGACACCAUGUCCCAAAUCCUGGUCGCAGAUCGUGACAACGAUUCUAUCCAUAUUAUUGACUGUGAUGGAAAGUUCCUACGAUUUAUCAAAGGAAGCGGUCUUCAUCAACCAUUUAGUCUUAGCAUUACAAAGAACAAUCUCUUGUUUGUAAGUAGUGGAACAGAGGAUAAAAUUUCUAUUGUACAAUACACAGACUGA